AUGGCGACGGGUGUGUCUGCCAGAGCGCGCGUACCCUGGGGCCAUGUGCCUCGAGUGCGGUCAGCUGUCCUUGUGCGCCGCACUUUUGCUACUGUAAAUGAAUCUACCAUAGCUCCCUACGAUGUAGUCGUGAUUGGAGGCGGCCAUGCUGGUACUGAGGCAUCAGCAGCCGCUGCUCGUACUGGUGCAAGAACAGCUCUCGUUACUCCCUCGGUCGACAAUCUCGGUGUCUGCUCAUGUAACCCUUCUUUUGGUGGAAUCGGCAAAGGCACCAUGCUGCGGGAGAUUGAUGCUCUGGACGGUGUCGUUGGCCGCAUAGUCGACAAAGCUGGUGUCCAAUUCCGCGUCCUGAACAGAAAGAAAGGCCCAGCAGUCUGGGGUCCUCGUGCUCAAAUCGACAGAGCCCUCUACAAGAAGCACAUGAAGGAGGAGAUGACAAACUACAAGGGUCUGAGUGUGCUAGAGGGCAAGGUCGCCGACAUCAUCGUGCAAAGAGAAGGAAUGACAGACGGCAAGCAUGGAAUCAUUACCGGAGUCCGACUCGAGAGCGGCGAGGUCAUCUCUACAAAGAACGUUGUCAUUACCACUGGCACCUUCUUGGGCGGUGAGAUCCACAUCGGCUUGGAAGCGUACCCCUCGGGUCGCAUGGGAGAAGCAGCGACGACAGGUUUGAGCAAGUCUCUACGAGAUGCAGGCUUUACUCUGGGCAGACUAAAGACAGGAACUCCGCCACGUCUCGACGGCAGAACCAUCGAUUAUUCUGGUCUCGACGUCCAGCCCGGCGACGACCCUCCAAUGCCUUUCAGCUACCUCAACCCUCGCGUCACUGUCCAAGAUCAACUGAACUGCUGGUCUACCCAUACGAAUACUGCCACUCACGACAUUGUUCGCGCAAACCUCCAACACAGCAUCCACAUUCGCGAAGAGGUCAAGGGUCCUCGUUACUGCCCAUCUCUCGAAAGCAAAGUCAUUCGCUUCCACACAAAAGAUGCCCACAUCAUCUGGUUAGAGCCCGAAGGCUUCGACAAUCACGUCAUCUACCCAAACGGCAUCUCCAUGACCAUUCCUGCCGAUGCUCAAGAAGCCAUGCUCAAAACUAUCAAGGGUUUGGAGAACGUCAAAAUGUUACAACCAGGUUACGGAGUCGAGUACGACUAUGUCGAUCCUCGCAGUCUGCGCAAGACUCUCGAGACCAAAGCUAUCGGAGGUCUGUUCCUAGCAGGCCAGAUCAACGGCACAACAGGCUACGAAGAAGCCGCAGCUCAAGGUGUCGUGGCCGGUAUCAAUGCUGGCAACUCUGCACUACAAAAGCCACAACUGCAGUUGACGAGGGCGGAUGGAUACAUCGGCAUCAUGAUAGACGACUUGAUUACAAAGGGUGUCUCGGAGCCAUAUCGCAUGUUCACCUCGAGAUCAGAGUACCGCAUGUCCGCUCGUGCCGACAACGCCGACCUGCGUCUCACGGCCAAAGGACGAGAACUCGGCGUAGUCUCUGAUUCGCGCUGGUCACACUUUUCUUCGCAAAAAGCACAGAUGGACGAGCUGAAGACGAUAUUGGAAGGACACACUCUAUCUAGCAGCGUUUGGCAGUCCCAUGGCUUUGCCGUGCGCAGCGACAGCAGCAAACGCAGUGCCUUUGACCUCCUACGUCUCGCCUCCAUCAGUGUCUCCAGUCUCAUUCCCCUGUUGCCCGAGAUCGCGAAGUUUGAUCCAUACAUCAUUUCACGCAUGGACAUCGAAGGCACAUAUUCUCCUUAUGUCACUCAACAAGAAACACAAGCCAGACAUUUUGAAAGAGACGAGCAAUUGCUGCUUCCUGCAGACAUCAACUACGAGAGCAUCUUCGGACUGAGUAAUGAAGAAAAGAGAGUGUUGAGUGUGACCAGGCCUGAGAGCCUGGGUCAGGCUAGAAGAAUAGAAGGUGUUACGCCUUCGGGCACACUUCGCUUGUUGGCUCAUGUGAGAGGGGCAGGCAAGAGAGCGGCUGCUGUUGAUCAAGUACUUGCAUCUCAGGAGAGGGAGGUUGUGGCCUAA